AUGGGUGAAAAUGCCACAGGACAAAUUACUCAAGAGGAGAGGGAAAGGAGGUGGCAGAUGGCAUGGACGGCUCGGAUGCGGCAGAUUGUCCCUGGUCUCUACCUGGGAAAUGUCGAGGCAUCCCACAAACGAGAAAUGUUGCAAGAGAACCACAUCAACGCCAUUAUCUCUCUCACCGAUGCUCGAUGGGUAUGGUGGAAAUCUACCACAAGAGAGGCCGGUGUUCCAGAACAUCGUCACAAAUGGACUCAGUGUGUAGAUUCGUCGACACAAGACCUCCUCGUCCAUAUGAAGGAUAUCUGUGACAUGAUCGACGAAAUGGCAUCGCCAGCUCUACCCUCCUUGCGUCCCUUGCCCGUCAAGUGCGACGAUGGAAUCAUUGAUGAGAGGCAUGGGGCAGCUUUAGAAGCGAUAUUGAUUCAUUGUGAUCUUGGGAUAUCACGCUCGCCGACUGUUAUCAUUGCCUAUCUCAUGCGAAAAUUAAACAUGUCGCAAGCAGAUGUGUUGCCCUUUGUUCAAUCAAAGCAGAAAGUCAAACCAAGCAAGAAUCUUACGCGUCAACUCCAAGUAUGGGAGGAUGAAGAUAGGACUGUCCCGAAACCAGCAUACAAAGCAUUUCUUGAAGAUCGGGAUGUUCUUCUUCGAGAAAGAGGGCUCACAGGGAACGAGCCACUUGCACCUCUGAAUCUUUGA